AUUAUCGGGGGCAGGUGGGCCAUGUCAAAUACAAACUGCACUUGCAGUUCCCUGCACAGAUCUAAGGAGGGAAGACAUCCAACUACAACCCUGAACUUCACUGAAGAUGGCGUUGCUCACGUUCGUGUUGUUUCUCCUCAUUGGUCUCCAAGGCAAUGCUCUGCCUUCAACUUUAAAUGCAGAUGGUUUGCAAAGUGUUCCAGAGGCCAUGAGAGCAAAUGGGGACGUCUGCCAGGACUGCACCAAAAUAUUUGAACUCCUUGCUGACCUGCUUUCCAAUGCAGACCUCCAGAAAAAGAUCAUCGAUGGCAUUGAAAGCGUGUGCAACCACAUGCCUGGGCCGACUGCCAAACUCUGCAAAGAAGAGGUGGAGAAGAUGCUUCCUCUGGCCAUCAACUUCAUUACUGCUGUGGCAAAACCGGAGGAGGUCUGCAAAAUCCUCGGGCUCUGUGGCUCCUGUGACAAACAGGACAAGAUGCUCAGCUAUUUUGUGAAGGAGGCCCUCCAGGCCGCUGUGGCAAGUGAAGAUGUGGUGCCCACAACACAAUGCUCCUUCUGUAUUUUCCUUGUCAAGACUCUGGAGGACCUGCUGCCUAAAGACAGGUCGGAGGCUGCUGUGAUCAAGCUGCUGGAGGAGAUUUGUCAUAUUUUGCCCUCCUCCUACCGCGCCCAGUGUGAGGCCGUCAUUGACAAGUUCAGCAAGUCGGUGCUGGAAGCAAUCAUGAGCUACGCUACGCCCCAGGCCAUCUGCGCUCUCAUCCACCUGUGUAAAGGGCAGGAGGCUGCUGUUGUAGAUCCGUGCACUUUGAUAACGUACAGGUGCAGAGACAUGAAGACUGCCCUCAGAUGUGGAACUGUGUUCUACUGUCAGAGAUUCGCCUGGAAGCCUCUCGACUACAACACGAUCUAACAUGUUGAGGGUGGGAUGAAAAAAAGAGUCAACACCGGUGCCCCCAUGGAUGACUCAGCUCUUUCAACAUCAAACUGCAAAUAUUUAUCUACCUGCACCACAGCUGAGGCAGUCUCUCUAUAAUUUUUUUCAGAUGUGAUUGCUGCAUUUGAUAUCUUACUGCAUUUUAUGAUUUUGCUUUGUAUACUCUCUGCAUUGAGAAGAAAACAGGAACUUAGGCUGAAAACCUAUUACGGAGGAAAGGAUUAUCUGAAGGGAUCAGAAGGUUAAAAGCUUAAAGUUUCAUAAUUAUACUCUCUAUUACUCACUCUAUUUUUAAUUAAGAUUUUUCUUGACAUUUUUGUACUAACCUCUUUUCUAUAGAUAACAUGUCAUGGCUUCACCAGCUUUAAUGAAGUGUCUUUCUGUAACCUUUCAAAUACAGAUGAUUUCAGGAGAAUGACCUGAAUAAAUUUUGAGGUGUGAAACAUCA